AUGGGGAAGAAGAGAAAACCCAUAACCACGAGCCUCGACGAGGUCGAUAGAAGCAUGUACGCCUCGUUCUGCAGCGCUGCGAAUUCCCUCUCUCAGCUAUACACACAAGGCAUGAACAACCAGAAGUUCUCCUUCCAAGCCGGCGAACGCCAUGCCCUAGAUAAAAUUUAUCAGUGGAUCCGCAGUACACAACAAGGAGGAUCGAGAGUUACCACAGACGAUGUACUCAGUUACCUUCAGAAUGAGCUGGGCUACUGUGGAGAGGAGGCACCGCAGUCAAUGCUCCCUAUAGUAUUGCCAGUUCAUUAUCAGCAUACACAUCCCAAUGUGCAAUUCAUAAACUCGGCUUUCCCUCCGAGUUUCAACGACUCAUCAAUGGUCAUACCUCAAUAG